CUCGCCUCUCUCUCUCUCUCUCUCUCUCUCUCCUUCACUCUCUCUCUCACUCUCCCUAGACGCAGCGGCGGCUUGGAUUGGAUUCAGUACCUCCCCUAUGUGCUGCCUUACUCCAUCAUCACAUCCCUGAACGUGAGCGGUGUAGCUGAGGAGCACUUCUUUAAACCCCGACACUUCGCUGGAGUUGCUUCCCUGCGCGUCUGAGAGUCGGAGGGAGGGGAGAAGCAUCCCCCAAAAUCUCUUCUAACGAUGGAGACCGGUCUGGGUGUAUUCCCUGGCGCUCACUUUACUCUUUCUACCUGGCUUAUUCUUUCCUCCGUGUAUGUUUUUCCAAACGCAAAGGCAGAUAUAAGUUGCGCGCCAUGUAUGUCGCCAAUGCAAGUGAAUUACGCAGGGGAUGAGCAUCUGCGUGACCCGCCUGAAUCUGGGAAAUAUCCGAGACAGGAUCAAAAGAAACCCAAGCUGAUCACAGUUCUUUACCCGAAUAUUGGAGUACCCACUGGACGAGAGGCGGAUGGUUUUCCAGGGAUUGCGCCGAAACUGGAAAGAAACGCUGAGGGGAUAAACUCCCGUGCGCCUUUGGGGAACUUCGCCGAGUCCGCUUUAGAUGAAGAAUUGUUUUCGGAUGAAUAUGUGGAAAGUGUAUCCGAAUUGGAACCCGAGGACGCCGCGUCAGAGAGAGUCAAAAGAAGCGUGCCCGAGUUUCUGGAGAGCGCGCGGAGCGUUGAUGCCCGCUCGGAAGAGCAGAGAAAGACCUCAGGUCUGCGGGUGGACGGACAGAGUAAACGCGCCGAAGUUCGCUGGAACAGGGAUGAUGACCAGGAUGGCAGAGUAUCGGAUUCCAGACCAGACGAACCCAAACUGGCCAGCAGCACUUUUGCUCUGGCUGGAGACUCCGCGCACAACCACGCAGUCGUGUACUGGUCUGGAAAAAACAGCAGUGUGAUUCUGAUUCUCACCAAGCUGUAUGACUUUCACCUUGGCAGUGUAACAGAAAGCACUCUAUGGAGAUCAACUGAUUAUGGCAGCACUUAUGAGAGACUGAAUGAUAAAGUGGGAGUCAAGACCGUUUUGAGUUACCUCUAUGUCUGCCCCACCAACAAGAGAAAGAUAAUGGUGCUGACCGACCCAGAGUUUGAAAGCAGUGUUCUCAUCAGCUCAGAUGAGGGUGCCAGUUAUCAGAAAUACCGCUUGAGCUUCUUCGUCUUAAGUCUGCUUUUCCAUCACACACAAGAGGACUGGGCAUUAGCCUACAGCCAUGACCAGAAGCUGUAUAGCUCAUUUGACUUUGGCCGAAAGUGGCAGCUAGUUCAUGAGCGAGUGACUCCGAACCGCUUCUACUGGUCAGUAUCCGGCCUGGACAAGGAAUUAGAUCUAGUGCACAUGGAGGCCCACACUCCUGAUGGCCAUUGUCAGUAUGUGACAUGCAGAGCUCAAGCCUGCUCUGAAUCCAGUAGGACAUAUCCAUUUUCUGGCUAUAUUGAGACCAACUCACUCGUGGUUCAGGAUGAAUACGUGUUCGUUCAGGUAACGACCACUGGCAGAGCGAGCUACUAUGUGUCCUAUCAAAGAGAAACUUUUGUACGCAUUAAAAUCCCCAAAUACUCUCUGCCCAAGGACAUGCAUAUUGUGAGCACAGAUCAAGGUCAGGUUUUCACCGCCGUCCAGGAGUGGAACCAGAACGAUACCUACAACCUGUACAUAUCUGAUACGCGUGGGGUGUACUUCACCUUGGCCCUGGAAAACGUCAGGACCAGCCGUGGCCUCGGAGGCAACAGCAUGAUCGACCUUUACGAGGUAGCGGGGAUUGAAGGUAUGCUCAUUGCUAAUAGGAAGGUGGAGAACCAGGUGAAGACAUACAUUACUUACAACAAGGGCCGCGACUGGAGGCUUUUGCAGGCGCCUGCUACUGACCUGGCAGGAAAUACGAUUCAUUGUGUGCUGCCGUUUUGCUCGCUGCACCUACAACUGCAGAUGUCAGAGAACCCGUACCUCUCAGGCUCCAUCUCCACCAAGAGCUCUGCACCGGGAGUCAUCGUGGCCUACAGGUAAAUGGAAAACCUGAGCGGAAAUAUUGGCUCCGAACUGUCUUACAAUAAUGUGGCUAUGUUCAUUUCAUCAGAUGCAGGCAAUAACUGGAGACAGAUUUUUGAGGAAGAACACAACGUGUGGUUUUUGGACAAAGGUGGAGCUUUGGUUGCCGUGAAGCAGCCCACUGUGCCCACUAGACAUCUUUGGAUCAGUUUCGAUGAAGGUCGUCAGUGGACGCGUCACAGUUUCUCAGCCAUGCCGCUGUUCGUGGAUGGUGUUUUGGUGGAGGCAGGUGCAGAAAAUCAGAUCAUGACGUUUUUUGGACACUUCAGCCAUCGGUCUGAAUGGCAGCUUAUCAAAAUUGACUACAAGUCCAUAUUUACCAGAAGGUGCACAGAGGGAGACUACCAAACCUGGCACCUGCAUAACCAGGGUGAGCCAUGCAUAAUGGGUCAAAAGCAGAUCUACAUGAAACGUCGUCCUGGGAACUACUGCAUGGUGGGAUGGGACAACUCCAGGAUCCUUUCCGCAGAACCCUGCAUCUGCAGAGCACAUGACUUUGAGUGUGAUUAUGGCUUUGAGAGAAGAGGGGAUGGAAACUGCCUGCCAGCAUUUUGGUUCAACCCUUCCACUGUGUCUCGAAGCUGCAGCCAAGGGCAAAACUACCUCAACAGCACAGGGUAUCGUAAAGUAGUAGCGAAUAACUGCACGAAAGGAGUGAAGGAGAUGUACACGGCCAGGAAACAGCAGUGUCCGAACCGCCCCCCACGAGGUUUAGUGCUGACAACCCGUGAUGACAAACUCACAGCCAACUUGGGCAACAAUGUGACCUUCCUGGUGCGGCUGGAGGAGGGCGACUCCAUGAGGACAAACAUUCAGCUGGACUUCGGGGAUGGUACGGCGGUGUCCUACUCCAACCUGAGCUGGACGCAGGAGGGCAUCAGGCACGUGUACCGCAGUGCUGGUAUUUUCAGAGUAACAGCGCUGGCGGAGAACAGCCUUGGGUUCGACACCUCAUCCCUCUACCUGCAUGUGACGUGCCCUGUGGAGCAUAUUCAGCUGCUGGCUCCAUAUGUGGUCAUUAAGAAUAAGGAGGUGAACCUGACGGCAGUGGUCUGGCCUUCUCAUUUCAGAACGCUCACCUAUUUCUGGUGGCUGGGGAACAACACGGAGCCAAUAAUUACAUUGGACAGCAGUAUUUCCCACACGUUCAGCACCGAGGGCAUGAUCACCGUGACUGUUCAGGUCUCCUCAGCGGACUCGAUACUACAGGACACCAGAACUAUUGCCAUACAAGAAUUCUUCAAAUCACUUCUUUUAUCUUUCUCUCCUAAUCUGGACGAGGCCAACCCCGACAUCCCAGAGUGGAGACAGGAUGUGGGUCGGGUAAUUAAGAAGGCUGUUCUCCAGGUCGCUGACAUUCCAGAAGACCAGCUGCUGGUGGCCGUGUUUCCUGGCAUUCCGACUGCUGCGGAACUCUUCCUGCUUCCUCCUAGGAACCAAUCGGAUGGCAGGAAACGGACAGAGGAAGAUCUGGAGCAGAUAUCAGAAAUCCUGGUUAAUGCAUUGAAUCAGAUCUCAGUGGAGUUCGAGUUGAAACCUGGCUCCCGGGUCAUCGUUUACAUCACGCAGUUAACUUUAGCUCCUCUGGUUGACUCCAUCCCAAGACACAGCAGUUCUGCUAUGCUGAUGCUUCUGUCGGUGGUGUUUUUGGGUUUAGCUGUAUUUCUCAUCUACAAAUUUAAGAGAAAAAUCCCCUGGAUUAACAUCUACGCAGAGGUGAACCAUGAGAAAGAGCAGGAGAUGAUCAAUACGGUGGGCCAGAAUGACGCCACACCCAAAAUCACCCUGAGUGAGUUGAUGGAGAAAGAACUGGAGGCCCGUGCCAAACGUGGAGUGAUCAACACCUGUGAAAGCACAAGGGAGAUCCCCAACUGCACGAGUGUCUGAAAACGUCAGGAAAAAAAAUGUGGAGGCGUAUUGUAAAAAUGUGUACAGAGGUAUCACAAUUUUAAAGGUUGACAGUUUUCCUUCUUUGCUUUUUUUGUAAUUUCAAAACACUGUCAUUGUUAAUAGUUUUCUAAGGAGCUCAGAUUUGCAUGGGUGUCUUGUUUGUUACGAUCUGUGUGGAAAAUAAGAAUAGAAUUAACUACAGUACAAGUCACUGAAAACAUGCUUAGGAAAAUUUACCAACUUUUGAAAUUCCAAACGGUCCGUUCUUAAUAUAGCAGAACAAUGCACAUAAGUUGGGGGGAAAAGCCACUAAACCUCUCUCGGUGCAUUUCCUUUGUGCAUUAUCUGAGUCAGUUUUUCAGAUAGACAAAUUGUGGGGGAAAAAAGUGGUAAAAAAAAAGUAGUUUCAAAAAUUGUAAUUUUGUUGGGUCAGACCUUAUGCCAAGCUUGUUCUGAUUUUCACACGUUGUGAAGAGUGCUUGUAGUGACUAUAUUAACUUAAUUUUUAAGUUUUUAAUCUCUUCAGUAGGUCAUCUCAUUUUUAUAUUUGUUAUAACUUGAACUGAGGGAGCAAAAUUGCAGCUGAGGCAUGCAAAAAAGCCAACAGUGUUUAUAUCCCUCUCUAUAUUACAGCCUUGCCUUCAUGUAAGCAAUCCUGCUUUGCAAUCUUCUAAAUUGUUGGUUGUUGAAACAUUUCAACUUUUAAUUACACAUUUAUCUUGCAUAUCUAGCCUUCGUCUGAAGGCGGAGAGAUAUGAACUAAAAUGUGAAUUUUUUCAGUCAAGAAGUGAGAUACCUUCCCAAAAGCACUGUGAUAAAAUGUCAAUUUGAAGGCAAGCUUUUUGUACUUAUAUAAAGAGAAAAUACUAUUAAAAACCACUUCUCUAUAGCUAAGCUUUUUUGGGGGCAGAGCUCAAACUUAAAAGUCCAUGAAAUAUCAAUUGUUGAGAAUGUUUUGUGGAAUAAAAUCUCUUGAUAUACAAACAUAGACACAAUAGAGCUUGAUACAGUAUCUUUGUUGAAAAUGUUAUAAAACUUAACUUUAAAUUAACAUACCUUCAGCUAAAUGUAAGUUCCUGUAAGCUCCUCAUAUAUAUAUAAUGUAUUGUCCAUAUCCAUUCCAUGAGAUUAUUUUACAUUCAGCUUGUUCUUUGGGCUUUAUUUUUUGUAGAUAAAAUGGGUUACAUGAUCAUUUUGCUUCAUAAGUGAAUGCCUUACAAAUAAGAAUGCCUUUUUAAUAAUGUGUAUUCAUCAUAAUAGCUGGACAUUUACAAUUGGAAAUUAAUUUAUAACAGUUUAACAAACUGACAUGAUUGAGUUGUGCAUUUUUCUUUUUCUUUUUCUUUUUUUUUCUCCUUUUGCAUACAUUUUUAAGGUAUCUCAUCUCCCAGGGUUUGAAAAACCAUUGAACUGUACAAUAGGUCUCAAGUUUCUGUAUAUACAGCAAGUGUAUUUUCAUUUCAUAUCCUUAUACUGUAAAUAUAAUAGAAAUGAAGACUGGACUUCACUGGACACAGUCUGCUAUACAUUUCAGAAAGAGGGUGUUUUACGAAUCGAAACAGUGAUUUAUUGAUGUGCUGUAAAUAAGCCAGCACUGUAAAUAGUGUUGUGUUUCUUUUUUUUUUUUUUUUUUUUUUUUUUUAAUUCAUGCAUUGUACAAGAAAAAAUAGUAAAGAUGUAUUGCAUAUGCUUCAGUGUUGCCAUUUUGGAUUUUGACCUCAGAUUUAAAGUUGAUCCUAUAGAGAGCAGUUUUCAGUAUAUGGUUAGACAUUUUGUAUUGGAGUUGAUUGCCCGUUUCACAAGAAAUGAAUAUAAUUCAUGAAUAAGCAGGUGGUUUCUUAGAUUCCAUUGUGAAUGUAAAUGUAUAGCAAUAUAUCAGAAUAUAAGGGAUGUUGGCCAAAAUGACUUCCCGAGCAAUUCAUUCCUGUUCUACUCAAGUAGUGACAUAUUACAAACCAAAACAUUGUGCUUCAUGAUUUCCAUGUAUAAUCUAUGCUUUAUGAGUGCAAAGCUCUAUUCAAAGAGUAUUUUUUUGUUAGAGGUUUUAAACAGAACAAUCAGAUGUUGUAAUUUAUUCUUAAAAAUGAACAAGUAAAUUAUUAUGUACUAAAAAUCAAAAUGGUUAGAUGCCUCAGUAUUUCUCUUUAACUAGUGCAGAAUUAGUGAAGAAAUCAUUUGCCCUUUUUGUUUUGUUUUUUAUAAUAAUUUUAAUUAAUGCAUGCACUGUACAUUAAUGUUCUGUUUUAAAGCUUAGUGAGCUGCCUUGCUGUCUUCAAAGGUAGCAUCCUAAUUUAAACAAAACCUCUGUUUUGGAACUAGGCAGCAGUAGUGUGUGUCAUAAAAUAGUGCUCCUCACGUGAAGAGACUUGAGUCAUAAUUGAUUUCAAUGGAGUUUGCUGUUAGCAUGUUGCUAAAAUAAGAGUGUGAUACUCUGAUAAUAUGGUUAAAAUAUAUAGCACAACAAAUAUUGAGUAAACUAAGACUAAGAGUUGAAUUGUUUAUAUGUAUAAUCAAUAUUUUGCCAUCAUGCAUUCUUUCUCAAUGCAUUAUGGGAUUGCCUUCUCCAUGAUGGAUGCAGUGAUGCCUCAGAAUUUGUCCCAAAAAAGGGUGUUUUAGGAUUACACCUUUUAGUCUUUGCGUUGGGAGCACUAUGAUGCCUUAAAAUGCUACCUACCUGGGCAGCUGACUAGGUUUUUGGAACAAAUCUCAUAUUAUUCUCUGUCUUUUGAUCAUCUCAGACUCAAAGUUUACAGAUAUGCCAGCCAGACUAACCACAACCUCAACAUGUACCACAGUAUGUUCUGAUUUCAAUCCAGUAUGACCUCAUGUUUCGAAUAUAGAACUUCUAGAAGAACCUGACACACCAACUUCUGUUUCACCACAAUAUCUGAGGUGUCUCACAGAAGUGAAUUCAAAAAUGAGUUUGAAACAUAUGCACUGUUGUUCAAAAGUUCAAUGUCAGUAAGAUAUUUUUAAUUAAUGUUUUUAUUUAGCAAAAAUGCAUUAAAUUGAUCAAAUGUGACAUUGUUCAUCAAGAAUCCUGAAAAAAAAAUGUUCAUGGUUUCCACAAGAAUAUUAAAGCAGCACAACUUUUUUGACAUUGAUAAUAAUAAGAAAUGUUUCUUGAGCAGCAAAUCAGCAUAUUAGAAUGAUUUCUGAAGGAUCAUGUGACACUGAUGACUGGAGUAAUGAUGCUGAAAAUUCAUCUUUGAUCACAGGAAUAAAUUGCAUUUUAAUAUAUACAGUAUAUUAUGUAAGCUUGUUUCCGCCACCAAGUAAAAAAAUGUAAAACAUAAUUGCGACUUUUUAUCUCACAAUUCUGACUUUUUUUUUCGCAAUUGCGACUUUAUAUCUUUUCUCAUUAUUGUGAGAUAUAAACUCACAAUUGCGAGUUAUAAAGUCCAAUUCUGGGGAAAAAAGAAUUGAAAAAAAAAAAAAACUUUUUUGCAAGAAAUAGUUAGAAUUGUGAGAAGUCACAAUUACCUGUUUUAUUCAGUAGUGAAAACAAGCUUCCAUAGUGUAUAAAUUGUAAUAAUAUAUCAUAAUAUGCUCAUCAAGAAGACAUUUAUUUGGCUAAAACAGCAAUAAGAUGCAUAUUUUAAAAAUAUUACAACCCCAAACUUUUGAACGGUAGUGUGUGUGUGUUUGUUAAAGAGAUGUAGCUCUAGAGCUGCUUAAAACAGCUUUGCAUUUGUAAACGUGAGUAUAGUCUCCACAGAUGCAAACAGGCACGCUGGUUAUGCUUAACACGCUUCCUCCAUAAAGUAACUUAAAACAGGCAACAGAGACUCAUUUAAUGCAUGAUGUCUGUGAAGUCCAAAGCAGUGUGACAUGAAACAGUGUUUUACCCUUAAUCUUGACUUCUCAGAGGCUCUACAGUGUGCUGAAGUCAGCAUGCAAUUACAGUAGCACAGGCCUUGAGCUGAGGGAAUGGGGGAAAGCUGGUACUUUACCAUCCUGUCGCACAUUCUCUCAUUAACACUCGCAAGUUCGUCUUAGCGUGCCGCUUUAUCUCUACAACUCACAGUUGUUGUCUCACUCUAAUAGUGACAUUGAUUUUUUUUUUUUUUUACUCAUUCUUACUCAUAUCUUUAGUCCUCCACUCACCUAAAUCUAUGUGUCCUUACAAGGCCCAAAGCAGAAGAUCUACAAGAGAUAAAGCUUUUUUUUCCUCAGUUAAAUCGUUUUUGUCCUUACGCAGUAAGAGCUGUGCGUAUAAACCUCACUCCCCUGGCCCCAAGAGGCAUGCUGGCGACUGACACUAGAGACUGCAGUCUUUAGCGUCCUUGUUACCAUGCCAGAGACUCUGGUUUCGAAUCCCACUCGGAGCGGGUCAAGUAGGACCAGUUACAUUUGGUGCCGUGACCCGAAGAAGUGAGGUUUAGGGGGGUGAGUGUAACAAAGGCCAGUAAGAGCUGUGUGAGUAAACCUCACUCCCCUGGCCCCAAGAGGCGUGCUGGCGACUGACACUAGAGACUGCAGUCUUUAGCGUCCUUGUUAGCACGCUCGCCUCCCAUGCCAGAGACUCCGGUUUCGAAUCCCACUCAGGUUGACAAUGUUUUCUUUAAAAUUUGCAGAUCUAUCUAUUCAUUUUGAACAAUUUCACAAUAUCAAAUAUGGGUUAAUGACGUAGAUAUGACAUAUGUAGCCAACUUAAACUGCAUCUGCACUCAUAAAUCUUAUUGUUUCAAAAUUCCGCUCCACAACUAUAUGUCAAACAAGAACAUGUUCUGAUUGGCUGUGAUUGUGUUGCAUCAUGCAUAUUCUUACAGCCUUCAGUGUAAAAGUUAUGGUUAGUCUGGAGAGCCAAGCACUUGUUCUAACCUGCUAUCUAGGUUAGUGAGAAUCUCUGUUAAAAAGUACUUGCUGAGGUUUAACAACUAUUUUUGUUCUUUUAGCUUAUUUAUUUAUUGCCAUUCUGUGCUAAUGAACCCUCUCUCCCUCAUUCAGUGGAGUUGUAUCAUAUUCAUCAGGUUUUAUUUGCUCUACUGACACUCUCUUUGUGAUAUAAAUCAUAACUUUGUAACAAUAACGACACUGUAAACAUUAAAGCAAAAUGAAGCUGGUUGAAAAGAUACUUGCCAUGUGUGAUAGAAUGUGUGAUAGAAAACCAGUAAUGUUUUGACGAACAAAUAAUUGUAAUACUUAUCUCCCGUCGCACAAAAUCUACAGCUGCAUGACUCAUGGUUAUUGUUACAUCUUUAUUUCAAUAUUUCUAUGGACAACUACUGUCAUUUUGGAAUCGUUUCAAAUAAAUGUAUUUUUGUACAUCAGA